AACAACCACAAACCUUCGGGCAUGCGCCGGGCCGCGCUGUGGCUCCUCCUCUGGGGCUCAUGGCACGCCUUCGUCCGCCCCGCGCCUCGCGGAGUCGCCGCGCCGCGGCGCCUUCGCCGCGCGCGGGGGGCAGCCGAGGAGGGCCCCCGGCCUGCGCUGGGCACCAGAACGCCCAUGGGGCAGGAGUUGGAGACGCUGCUGGAGGAGGCCAAGACAUGUGCGGAGCAGCGCUUCUUCGGGCUGCUGCAGAGCCUGGCCGGCGGCGGCGUGCCGGGUCUUAGGUCGUGGCUGCAGGGCCUGGGCCUCGGAAGCCGCGCCUGGGCCGCGCUGGUCUGGGCGGAGCAGCAGGGCGCCUGCGACCUCGACGAGGUGCUGGAGAACUCCGAGGACUUGGCCCAGGCGCUGCAACUCAGCGGGGAGGAGCUCGCAGCCUUCCUGUCGCAGAACGCCACAAGCCACGCGGAGAGCCAGCCCCGCGGGCUGCUUGGCGCAGAACACGAGGAGCUCAUGAGGUUCCUGUUGCGGGAGGGCCGCUCAAACGCGGCCGUCGAAGCCUUCACCAACUUCGACGCCCGACUUUCCGCGGCGGGCACCGGCCUUUCGCGGGAGAAAAUCGAAGGGCUCGAGGCGCUCCUGGCCAGCGAGGUGCAGGAGAGGUUCAAGGGGGACUUGCAGUACCUACGAGCCAUGAGGCGCUACUACGGCUGCCUCUUCCCGAGCCUACCCUCCCUGGACGAAGG